GUGACGCCCAGAGGCUUUUCACAGCGUAUGUCGCCUCUGUAGUAAUUGUGGUGGAGCCAGAAGUAAAGGCAGGAGCGGAGGCCGCUAGGGGGCGUGGUUCCGGGUUUGGGUUCAAAGGUCGCAGGAAACUCCACGUGCUUUUACAGAGCUGUCAGAAGUGAAAUGCUGUCAGCAAAGCGCAAGACCCUCGGGGGUCAUAGCCCUCCUCAGAGAAAGCGGCAGCAGAAUAAUGCAAAGCCACAGCAGAGCAGAAAACAAGAAGAGGAGCUGAAGGCGAAACACUUGCAGAUGCUCGCGGAGAAGCCGGACACGGAGAAGUGUCUGGAGGAUUUGGUCUUUGGUGGAGAGGAUGAAUUUGUGGACAGGCUGCUCAGUCAUUCCAAGGUCAAUUUUGAUCCCAGCUCCGAUCUUCUAGAGGACGAUUCUGAUAAUGAAACCGAGAAGGACAUUGCAAUCCCUGCCAAGAAACCAGCAUGGGUGGAUGAAGAUGAUGAGGGGGAUGAAAGCAUUGAAAUGACCCAUCGCUAUAGGAAAGAUGUGAUGAAAAGUAAAGCUGAGAAGACGCUAAAGAAGGACAAGCUUCAGAUCAGACUACAGCAAGAAUUCCAGAAAGCGAUGGGCGGGGUUCCAUCUUGGGCUUCCAGAGAUCCUAAGAAGAGACGUUCUCAAGAAGAUGACGACGAGGAGGAAGAAGACGAUGAAGAUAACUUGUUAAGUAAAACUGGCAAUUUGCUUGCAAAGUCCACUUAUUUACCAAAUGGCAUUUUACAGAUAAAACGUUGCUUGAAUGCCAAUUCCGAGAGGCACUCUAAAGCUACACUCACCACAGUUCAGUUCCACCCUUUGGCUCAAGUCGUUAUGACUGCAGGUCUCGAUCGUUCAGUGUCAUUAUUUCAGGUUGAUGGCAAAUUAAAUCCAAAGAUACAGAGCAUCUAUUUAGAAAAGUUUCCAGUUUUUAAAGCUCGGUUCACUGCUGACGGAGAACAGGUGAUCGCUACAGGGAUUUCGCACAGUAUGUUCUAUGUGUACGACAUGAUGGGUGGAAACAUUAUUCCUGUUACCAACGUCAGAGGCUUGGGGGAAAAGACCAUAAAGAAAUUUGAAGUGUCUCCAGAUGGAUCGUUUCUCUUGCUUCAUGGGUCUUGUGGAUACUUACAUUUGCUAUCCAUGAAGAGCAAGAUGCUGAUUGGAAGUAUGAAGAUGAAUGCCGGGUCUGUAAAAUCUGUGUUUUCUCCAGACAGCAGUAAAAUUUUCUCAGCCUCAGAGGAAGGUGAUGUGUACAUUUGGGAUGUAAACAGCAGGAGGUGUCUGAACCGAUUUGUUGAUGACGGAAGCUUAUUUGGGACUUCCCUUGCCGUAUCGAGAGACAGCCAAUAUGUGUCUUGUGGGUCAAAGUCCGGAGUUGUGAAUAUUUAUAAUUAUGGCGACUGUCUGCAGAGCUCGAACCCAAAGCCUCUUAAAUCUAUAAUGAACCUGGUGACGUCGACUUCAUCACAAGUAUUCAACCCAUGUACAGAGAUUUUAGCAGUCUCUUCCCAUGCCGCAGAUGAUGCUGUUAAGCUGGUUCAUAUUCCUUCAUUUACUGUGUUUUCAAACUUCCCGGUACAAAGCAAAAAUAAAACAAUUCACUUAGCCCGAGCAAUGGAUUUCUCUCCCCAUAGCGGCUUCUUUUCAAUAGCCAACAACAAAGGUGACGCUUUACUGUACAGGUUAAAACAUUACUCUGAUUUCUAAUGAAGGCGGAUAAAUGGCCUCGUGGAUUAUUGAAAAGGAGCUGAUGACCACCUUCGACGAGCUUCUUGUGUCAUCUUAUAUAUAUAUAUUCAGAGUCAAAUCUUUUUUACCAUACUGCCUGUACUUUUCUCAUCUA